CGUGUCACGGUCACUACAUGUCGCAAGGCUGCGUCUCGUCUUAUCUCCAAGUGAAAGCUGACUCGUGUUGGUGUUGAUGAUGACGCUCCGUGCAAGUUCUUCGCCGUCUCAGAUAGUCACCCUGCUCGUGCUGGGAGCGGGCUGGACAUGGCAGUUUCUUCAACCACUUCUCCACGAUGAAGACAUCACAUAUGCUGCCACAACCAGUACAGGACAUGACGGCACAAUCACAUUCAGAUUCGACUCCGACUCCGAUGAUCUUGAUCAAUUCAAGAAGCUCCCUACCGCGCAAUAUGUGCUUGUCACUUUCCCGCUCAAGGGCCGAGGACCGUCAAACAAAUUGCUCAAGCUCUAUGCUGAGACUCAUCCACAGACGGGCGACAGGCCCGUAGCCACGAAAUGGAUUCAACUUGGUUCAACUGGGAUCUACACAAAUCCAGACUGGAACAGUUCUUCGUCUCCUAUCGACGAAUCGAACGAGCGUGGCAUUGCCGAGGAGGAACUUCUCUCUCUUGGAGGUUGCGUGUUGAACCUUGCGGGCCUGUACGGCGGAAGUAGGGAGCCGAAGAACUGGCUCACUCGGGUGGCUAAGACGAGGGAACAGCUUGGAGCGAAAGGAGCCUUGCACUUGAUCCACGGGCGGGAUGUCGCGAGGGCUGUGGUCAGUGUCAUGAACGUGGACAUGGAUGGAGCUGGAAGUAAGAAGGAGAAGCUCUUCGGCAGGCGAUGGAUCGUAGCUGAUUGCGUUUCAUAUGACUGGUGGAGCUUAGUGUGGGAGUGGACGGGCAAGAGCCAUGAGGGUGCGGAAGAAGACAAACAGUCAACGGACGAGAAGCUACAGUACAGGCGGUGGGUGGUCGAGUUGAUGGACGAAAACAAUGUGCGAGGACUACCUAGGUCAGUGGAGGCUCUGGGCAGGAAAUUGGAUGCCAGAGAUUUCUGGAAGGCCAUCGGAACUCUACCGGAGCGGACACUGGCUAGAUGAACAGUGACGGGUAUUGCGGUCAUCUCUUGACUUGCUAUAUCGAGGAAGCUCAAAAAGUCAACGGGCCAAGGAGUCUGCUCACACCUGCUGCUCUACCCAGGAUUCCCUGCUCUGUCGUAGAAGACGAGGCCCCGCCCACCAACCAAAAUUGGCCUACAUUCAAGGGGAAUUCCCAGACACAUACUGCUAGACCACCUAGGUAAUUCUAACAGAGUGCGAACAUGAGGCCUCUACUUCAAUCGGUCCAAUUCGAAGGAAAAUUGGCAGA